CUCAUGAAUUAGACUACGUGCAAAGAACUUGAUCCAUAUGCCUUCUCUAGUUAGCAAGAUGCCAUUGAGAUCUUCUCGGUCGGGAGGAGUCGACAAAUCCGGAUCUAACCGCGCCCAAAUGUAGCGGGACAUUGCUCGGCCGUAAUUAUGGCCGCACUCGGUACUGUGAUUCAGCUUCAGCUACUACCACCUUAGUUAGUACCUUAUGGAGUAAGGUAAGGUAAUGUAAUGUCAGCUUCCUCGUGCUUGACAUCAUCGCCAUCGUACAUGUACGCAAUGCGUAUCGCAUCCCCUCUCAUCCGCCUCCAUCUCCUCCACAAGACACAGUUCCAUCUCCCACUGCAGUCCAUCAACCUCACAAGACCCUUUCACACAACCCCAACCAUCAUGGCCCUUCCUCCCAAGUUCGCCGGCACUGCCAAGCAGCUCGCCUCCCCGCAGGCAUCGUCGCACCCGUCCAUCAUCCCCACCGCAACGCACACGUUCGAGGUCUACCUAGACUACGUCUGCCCCUUCUCCGCCAAGCAGUUCAACACGCUGCACUCAGUCGUGUUCCCGCUCGUCAAGGCGAACCCCCAGUGGGCGUCGAGCCUGACCUUCAUCUUCCGCCAGCAGGUGCAGCCGUGGCAUCCGUCGUCCACGCUAGUCCACGAGGCUGGCCUGGCCGUCUUGCAGAUCGCCCCGGACAAGUUCUGGGACUUUAGCCAGAAGCUCUUUGACGACCAAAAGGCGUACUUUGACGUCAACAUUGUCAACGAGACACGCAACGCGACCUACCGUCGCCUCGCCGACCUCGCUGGCACUGUCGGCAUCGACAAGGACAAGUUCUACAAGACGCUGGUCAUCCCGGACAAGCCAGGCGAGGACGGCGCGCUGAACGUCGGCAACCAAGUGACCAACGACUUGAAGGUCGUCACCAAGAUGAACCGCUUGAUUGGCGUGCACGUCACCCCGACGGUGGUCUUUGACGGCGUCGUCCAGGACACAAGCUUAUCAUGGGGCAAGGAUGAGUGGGAUGCCUGGCUGAAGAAGAACCUCGUCUGAAGGCGGGCGAGCGAGCUGAAGCAUCGAUUGUGAGAUGGUCGAGUCUCCAGUUGACCCUGACGCCGCUCAUGUUCAGGAAUGUAGUAUUCUACGAGAAGAAAGUCUAGGCUCAAUCAUCUAUAUAAUCACAUAUAUUAAUCGAAAGCCAAUUUGUCUCAA